AUGCCUUCCAUCAGCAGCUUUCUUUUCUUGAUCCUCAUAGCGAAAUGUACCACCGCCAGCUUCAUCAUCGCCAACACGACCAGCUGCUACGGAGAAUUUUUCGUCGGCGCAUGCUUCACCUCCGUCCAGGUCAUUAGCCCCGGAGUAGACUUCAACGAAUCAUUCACCUGCGACAAGCUACACCAUGCCCAGAGCGCUCGAUACAUAAAAGCUGGCACCGCCGGCCCACAUUCAUCGAACUUUACAAGCACAGGCGACGUCUGUGGAGAAGGAAGACUCUACUCCCAGCGAAACAACACCGAGACCAGCACGAACGGCACCUUCGACAUCUUCAAAGGUUCCGACGCUAGUGGUGACAGCAUUGGCCAGUGCGAGUAUACUGGGGCUAAUAUCACCGAGAGCAAACGGAGAUGUAGCCAGCUUAUGGGGACUAUCUUCUUUGAGGGGGCGUAUCAUUGUAAUACAUCUGUGUGCGGGGAUAACGAUAGUACACCAUCAUUCACAGCUGCGAGUACGACAUCCACAACUUCCCUCUAUUCGACCAUGUCUUCCAGCACCACGACGGACAUCACCGCUACAUUGUCUAGCGGAUCUGCUACAAGCUCAACCACCGCUGGAAGUGGCAAGUCCUCGGCAAGCAGUUCUGCGACGAGCUCUACUCCUGAGGCCACUGAGACAACGAAUACAGACACCCAGACGACGAGUCCUGGUUCUACGUCAUCAGUCGAAGCCACGACUACUGGUAACUCCAAGCGUAACGUCCACGAACAACACUAG